CCGACUCGUGCGCAGGCGCAGAAGAAAAGGGGCCGGUCGAACCGCCGAGGAGCGCCCCUCUUCCACCCUCUUUCUAGUUUUAUCGUACUGCGCAGGCGCACCGAGUGAAACAAGAUGGCGGCUCCCGUGGAUCUGGAGUUGAAGAAGGCCUUCACAGAGCUUCAAGCCAAAGUUAUUGACACUCAACAGAAGGUGAAGCUUGCAGACAUACAGAUUGAACAGCUAAACAGAACGAAAAAGCAUGCACAUCUUACAGAUACAGAGAUCAUGACUUUGGUAGAUGAGACUAACAUGUAUGAAGGUGUAGGAAGAAUGUUUAUUCUUCAGUCCAAGGAGGUAAUUCACAAUCAACUGUUAGAGAAACAGAAAAUAGCAGAAGAAAAAAUUAAAGAAUUGGAAGUAAGUUUUGAGUGAAUAUUGACAGUAGUAAAUUUUAAGAAAAAGCAGAAAAAAUCCUACCUGGAACGGAGUGUGAAGGAAGCUGAGGACAACAUCCGGGAGAUGCUGAUGGCACGAAGAGCACAGUAGGAAAUCUCAAGCAGAAGCUUCCUGCUCCCUCCCAUUCCUGGCAGAGGGGUCCAUGUGGGGAAACAUCCUCUCCUGCCCUGAUGGACUUUUUAUUUGGAUGAUCUGGUAACCCCGCGUUUUCUACUUCACCCUGUUCCCCUUUCAGAUCCCAACUCUGAAUUUUUUAUCCUGGCUCUGUCUGUCCCCCCGCCCGCCCAGAACACUCUUCUCCCCUGGGGGUGAGUCACCAGUUCCCAAGAGAGGGAAGAUGGGAGCCAGGACAGAUAGGGGAGCUCUGCCCAAUCCUAUUACUCUUACCAAUAAAAGGCAUCUGUUUCCCCAGC